UCUUCUCCACCCCUCCCGUCCCAAACUUGGCAAACGCGCGCCAACCUCCCCCAUUAGGCUAGGCUGCUCGGCCGGCGAAGCUGCGUGCGUGCGUGCAUGCGGCAGCGACGUCGGCCAGCCGCAGCGCAGCAUCGCCGGCAUGGCGUUCAUCGACCUCGGGCGGGGGAGCCCCGGCGGGUCGACGUCGGCGCCGGCGAAACCGCGGCUGGUGAUGAUCAUCGCUGACCCGGGCCGCGAGUCGACGGCGGCGAUGGAGUGGGCGCUCUCCCACGCCAUCGCCGAGGGGGACGGCAUCCUGCUCCUCCACGUGAACAUGCCCCCGAACGCCGCGGGCGCCGGGCCGUCCCGCACGGGCUCCGGGGGAAGCGCCGGGUCCCCGCUCACGGCGCUCCUCGGCGCCGCCGCGGGCGACGCGGAUUUCAUGGAGACGAUGAGCGCCGCGUGCAGGGCGCGGCACCCGCCCACCCGCGUCCGCGCCGUGCGCGUCGAGCCCGCCACCGAGGGCCGGGAGGCCAAGGCGCAGACCAUCCUCGCCGAGUCCCAGCGCCGCGGCGUCGAGCUCCUCGUCAUCGGCCACCGCCGCGUCUCCUCCUUCCUCGGGUUGAAGAGCGCGAGCGGGUCGAGCCGAGGGCACGACAGCACGGCGGAGUUCUUGAUCGAGCACAGCAAGUGCGUGUGCGUGAGCGUGCAGAAGAAGGGGCAGAACGCCGGCUACCUGCUCAACACCAAGACACACAAGAACUUUUGGCUUCUCGCAUGACCUAAUUACACACACAUCUCCAUCAGCUAAUCCAUUAAUUAAUCGAACAAAACUAAUUAAGCUCCAAAACACUUCUUCCAAAUUUGUUAAUUUGCAGCUUGUGUGUGUCAGAUUCAUACGACCGAGUUCCAUUUGAAACGGCAGAAACAACGGUAUCGAAAAGAAAAAAACUAGUUUUUGGGGGUCUUUUUUUUACCGAGACAUGUCUACAUGUAGAGAGACACAAGAUCAUAAGAUGGGAUCGAGAGGUGAUCAGCUAUAAUCCACAUGUGUCUGUUGUGUGUGUCUGUAUGCAGGUGGUAACUGGUAAGAGUUUAUGUUUUAUGGAGAUCAUGCUCACGGAUGGUUUACCUUAACAUUAAUUCAUUUCACUUUGGUAGCUAGCCCUAUAUGCUGCUAUAGUUGGGGAUAUGGACAUUGAUUUAGACGACGGAUGUUUGUCGAUAACUCAAUAUGAUCUUUCCAUGUUAUAUCCAGGGUUUUAACUUUCGGUUUCUAAUUUUCUACCGGGGGACCGAAAU